CCAUUCUGUUUCACAGCUUUCCUUUCUUAGAAUCACACACAGAAAGAUUUGCUCAAAAAAAAAAAAACAUUUUCUCUCGUCUUCGACAUGUCCGUACGACUAAGCCCUACUUUCAGACCUCCAAUAUCCUCUUCUUCGCGUCACGCCUCAAGUGGGUCUUGGGAUUUGUUGGUCUUUUGCUCUAAAGGGUCUUCGUCUUCUUCUUCGUCAAGCUCUCUUGUAUACUCAAGUAAAUUCGAAGGAAUCAAUGGAAGAAGAGAUGUGGUCAAGGUUUCUUGCCAAGAGGGGUCUCUUCGGGAGCUUGAUGACUCGCCGGUGUCGGUGAACCUCGCCCCCAUUACGAGCGAGAGCCAGUUCGACCGAGUCAUAGCCGAGGCACAGCAGCUCGAGGAACCGGUCAUAAUUCUUUGGAUGGCAAGCUGGUGCAGGAAAUGUAUAUAUUUGAAACCAAAAUUGGAGAAGUUGGCAGCUGAUUACUAUCCAAGACUGCGGUUCUACUGUGUUGAUGUUAAUGCAGUUCCAUAUAAGCUUGUUUCUCAUGCUGGUGUCACUAAGAUGCCAACAAUUCAGCUCUGGAAGGAUACCAAGAAACAAACUGAGGUGAUUGGUGGACACAAAGCAUAUUUAGUAAUCAAUGAAGUUCGUCAAAUGAUUGAGAGCGCGUACUCAAUGUGAAUCACGCGGUGACCCGUUACGAUGCUUUCCUUGUACUGCCAUUGCCAAUGGGAGGGAAUUAGAGCUUGGAAGAGUGAAUAUGAGCUCGGCUGACCUUUAGUGAUUGCAAAGUGAUGUUAAAGAGUUCUCUUUGCAAACGAACACUAACCGAACAGAAGAUAGAAGACAAGGCAAAUUUCGCAUUGGGUCUUCUCUCACUGAUUCCAUUUGGUGCCUUUGCUAAUUGCUACUACACCUACCAACACUAUUGUUUCACAUCAUUUCAUACAAGAAAGACUUUAGGGUGUUAAACACCAGGCGCUCUUCAUUAGAUAAAUAAUUCGGUAUUUUUCUUUUUACCAUAUACAACACUUGUAAUUCUUGAAAUGCAAGACAUUUCCAGAAAAUAGAGUAAGUAGUUAGACACUCAAAAACAAAGACAUGCCAUGGUAAACGAUUAAGUUAAUAUGUAUUUACUGGUUAUCUGUGUCUAA